CUCCAUCAUCAACACCAAACACCAGGGCAUGCGCUGAGACUACCCCACGCAACGACUCUCUUAACCCUCACAGUCAUGCUGUCUCUCCUCUUGGUGGUCUUCAUCUUGCAGUUCAUCCUGCAUCUGGUCAAUACUGUAGGAGCAAGCACCGUCGACGAGCUGCUAUGGACCCUGUAUAACAAGCUACCUACGCCAACAUCGGGUAAUGCACAAAGAUGUCAGGCGCUCAAGAAGGAGAUUGUGCAAUUGAAGCGCGAGCUUGGAAACACAUCGGCGCAAGACAACUUUGGUAAAUGGGCGAAGCUCGAUCGUCAGCACAACAAAGCUAUGGCUGAAUUUCAAAAGCUGGAUGGCUCUCUUCGCACCCACCAAGCAACCUUUAACUCCGCCGUCAAGACGCUGCGCUUCCUCGGCACACAAGGCCUUCGUUUCGUCCUACAAUUCUGGUUCGCCAAAUCGCCUAUGUUCUGGCUACCAGCAGGCUGGGUGCCAUACUAUGUGGAAUGGAUCCUCAGCUUCCCUCGCGCACCGCUAGGCAGCAUCAGCAUUCAGGUGUGGACCGCUGCCUGCGCAGCCAUCAUUGCGUUGGCAUCUGAGGCGCUCGCAGCUGUCUGGGUGCUUGCGACAAAGAAGCCUACGCCAACAGCGAAGCAAGAGAAGGAGCCUUUGGCGUUCAAGGCAAACCAGCAGCCUGCGUCAGGCGCCGGUAAGAAGGAGCUCUAGCCAGCAAGCAGAGAGCUUGAACGCCACAACGUGAUCAUUACAGCACAGCAAAAAUACAAAAACAUUUCAUAUCACGAGUAUGUCUCCCAAUGCUUUAGACGCAAAGUCGUCCUGGCUUUCGCUCAGACACUGCAACACGAGUGGGAUGACCUUGGCAGGUCGUUGGGCUCAUUCUAGGCUACAAAUUGAACUCGUGAUCGUGGAGAGUGUCGAAUCGCCGAGUCUUCGAAAGAGCCAAUUUACAUAACAAAGGCGAAGAGACAGCUGACAUAAAGCUGCUCAUCGCGUUGUACUUGCGAAGUGGUUCGC